CACAUUACCCAAGUCAGUUAAUUCCCCGGGGCCCGUCACUGAACGAGGGGUCUACGGUUUCGUCAUCUAUGUCGCUUCAUGGUCCAUAUUUGGUAUUUAUUUGCUGUGGGCGUAUGUCCCACAUGAAUAUUUGCACGGCGUUGGACUUACGUAUCUCCCGUCAAGGUUAUGGGCGGUGGUCAUCCCAUGGUCUCUUCUUCUUAUCCUCUUUGGCGGCGUGGGUAUUUAUCUCUGGAUGAAUCAAUACAUUGUCCACCCAACUUCCUCCGUUCACCUAAUCUGUGACGAUAUCAGCUCUGAGAUGUCCCUCCUGCAAAGCGGCUACUCUGACCCGGAUUUCCUGAUGAGACAGCACAACUACGCGUACAUUCCCGAUGGUGGCGCAAUGCCUCCCACGCUAGACCUAAGUUUGGAAUGGGUUAACAAGCAGAUAUACCUUCAAAAUCCCGCGUCUUUGUGA